GGGCGAGGCGGCUCCCCCUCAGCCGCGGCGCUUUCCCAGCCUGCUCCGCGGCCACGCAUGCCCGCUGAGGGAACCGGGGCGGGCGGCUCCACUUCACCUCAUGGGGCGGAGAAGGAGGCGACCGGCGGCGGCGGCCGCCCUUCAGGAUGGAACAAGUGGUGUUGGGUCUCUCCUGCACUGGACUGGGCAGACUGGAUUCAGAAAGGACAGAGCCUCAACGCUGAGGCAUAGACCGUGUUUGCUACUGGAAUAAGGCAACUGCAGUGGAAAAUACAUGUUCUCCUAGUCCCAGGUUAAGAUACUGUGAUGGUGCCUGUUUUUCUUAAUACGUAUUCUACGUGCCAAGCUGAACAAGGAGUUGCUCAAAGAGGAGUGCCAGGGUGAUAACACGUUUACAAAAAUAACUGACGGUACAAAGGACAAUGCACAGUGUAGAUCCUGAUGACAUUUUGUGUGCUGUGACAUGGUUUUUGCCAUGGCAUCUGAGACUGACAAGGCCCACGCUCUUCUCCAAACUUUCAGCACAGCUUCAGUUAUUUCUAGUCUAGGUUUGGGGAUAUUCUGCUUUGUAGCAGACAGACUUCUGCAGUUUUCCUUCAUUCAGCAAAAUGACUGGCUCCGAGCCUUCUCUGAUAACGCAGUACACGGCAUACUGGGAAUGUGGUCCUGGGCAAUAGUGAUUGGACUCAGGAAGAAAAGCGACUUCACUGAGGUCACUCUGGCUGGUUUCCUUGCCUCUGUCAUUGAUGUGGACCACUUCUUUCAUGCUGGCUCCCUGUCAUUAAAGGCUGCUCUGACUCUUCCACAGAGACCACUUCUUCAUUGUUCUACUGUGAUUCCUGUUGUGGCUCUGACAUUAAAGUUUAUUAUGCACCUUUUCAGGCUUAAGGAUUCGUGGUGCUUUCUUCCCUGGAUGUUGUUUAUAUCCUGGACUUCUCAUCAUGUCCGUGACGGGAUUCGUCAUGGCCUUUGGAUCUGCCCAUUUGGAAAAACUCCUCCGUUGCCAUAUUGGCUGUAUGUGGCAAUUACAGCGUCUUUACCUCAUCUGUGUUCAUUUAUUAUGUAUUUAACAGGCACUAGAGAAUUAAUGUCCAUAAAACAUGGAAUCCGCAUUGAUGUGUAAGAAUGAUGGCUCUUAAAGGAUGUUUGUAUUAGCACUUGAAACGUGCUGUCUGUUUAUCACUGAAAUGGUUUCCUUAUGUUUUCUACAACUUCUGAGUCAGGCCUUUUAAGCCUGUGGAGCCAACUAUAGCUCCUUUGUCAGUUCCUUGCAGUCAUAGAAACCCAUGUAAUGAAUGGUAAUAAAUUUAUACCUAUACAUUCCCCUUGUAAAACUUGUGGUCUUCCAUUAUAGUUCAUGCAUAGCUAGCUGAUUUAUAAAGCACUUAGUCUCUCUCUGUAGUAAUUACAUUACAUUUUACUGUCACGGUACUGUUCAUGUCAUCACCAUUCACUUGGGAUUUGUAUUCUGCCUAUAGGUAAUACAUUUCCUCUAGACAGGAUUUGUAUAGCACUUUAAAAAUGUAAAGUACUAUAUAAAUGCUAAGUAUUAGUGAGAAUUUAGUAGUGUAUGGCACUUCCAAAAGGUAUCAGUUAGCCUUUUAAAUUUAUUUAUUUGUUUUCCUGCUGGACUCUUGUAUUCAACUGUUUGAAAAGAAAUGCUGUUUGUAUUUCACAGUGUGCGGCUGUGUAUCUGCACCUCUUUGAACACUGCUAUCAUAUAGUGUUUCUACUAAAUUCUAUUCCUCUGUAGUUGCUUGGUGCUCAAUUUGCAGAUAGUUACUAGCUAUUAUUUGUGGUUAUAAAGACAGUUUGGUUACAGUAUUAUGUGUCUUGGCCAAAUUGUUGAAUUUUUAAAAUAUAAUAAUUAUUAAUAUUAUUUAAUUUGGAACUAAGGAAUUUUAGUAAAUAGUUAAGGAUUGUGUAAAGGCAAAUUUAUUUAUUACAGUAAAGCAUAAGCUUUAGGAAAGAUUCAGGAAUUGCCCAAAAUGUGAGUUUGCUUAAAGACCUUACUACUGUAUUCAUAAACAGGAUUUUUAGUUAAUAAGUGCACGAUCAUCUUUAUUAUUGGUAAAAAAAAAAAAUGCAUUAGUAUUACGCAGAAAUAGAAAUUUCCUACUGAAUAAGUUCCUUAAGGAAAAAUGUUAAUAUGUUGCAGGUUUAUAACAUAAUAAUUUGCACUGUGGACUGUUCAAAGUAAUAGUUUCCAUUUACAGAAAUUUCUCAGAAAAAGUCCCAACAUAAAAUUAAGCUCUUGUCUAGUUUGCAGUGUGCAAGCUGAGAAACAUCUAUUAAUAACUGGGGAUUUUUCGUUUUCCAUUCAUUGAACUCCAUUGCCCAUUAAGGAGACGGGGCCUUAAUUAUUCCAGGUUAUGACAAAUAGUUGUCAAAGGGGAUUAUUUUUAUGGAAGAGCAUAUAUAGGGUAGCAUGUGCUGAACUUAAAGUUAUCUGAGGGUGCAAAGAUUAGGUGAUGUGUUGAUACUACAUUUACGUUAGUAAAUUUAUAUGAGUAUAAAGUACAAAGAAAUACAGAAUAUAUUAAUGGGGAUGGCUGGCUGAAUGGCUACCAGAGACCUUCUGUGGCUGCAAAGUCCUAAAGUCUCUCUGCCACACUGAGCUAAUACAGAGGGUGUUUCACCCUUUUAAAAUGUGCCUUCCCACAGUAAGAAUCAUCUUUGCUCUCUCUGUGCUUUGUGUUAGAAGUGCAUGCCUAUGGAAACUUGUCUUGGCAGUACAGUGGGCUUGUUUAGCCUUUAUUUUAAAAUGACUAAAGGGGUUUUUUUCUUAGAAAGAAGAUUUGAAAAGCAGAACAUUCCUUAAAGGAUUCUCCUCAUAUUGUGGAUUUCUGUCUUUUACAGUAUGUAGAAGUUUCCCAGAAGAAGAAAUGUCUUGCUGUAGAGUCCUCAGAGCAGGAACUGUCUUUUUUCCAAAGGCAUGACAGCUUAGUACAGGAGGAGCGUUGCUCGUUCGUUUACUUCUAACCUGUAUUUUAAACUAUUGACUAUGAGAUGCCAAUAACGAAUAUACUUUGUGCAAGAAGUGAACACUUAAAUACGUGUAGAAAAUUUUCUGUGUUCUUGAUUAAUGGUGUAAUAUUUGUAUAAUUUUGUGCUUUAUUCAGGUUUGUUGCAAAGGGAAAUGUAUGUGGGAACAAAGUGGAGAAUCACACUUCCUCAUUUUUAGAUUGUAGCUGUGGCAUUUUUUGGUAACUCUAUGUCCACCAACAGUCCUUAUGAUUGGUACUGUGCUGUUCUACCCAUGUUUAAGGAUCAGUUAAUGGGUACGUCUUCUGUAGUUUAAAACCACUUAUUUUCAUUCCCUGUAUUUCUAGCAAUUUGCGUGGGGCUUUUUACAAUAAUUUUCAGCUGUAUUUCAAAUUAUUAUUUUUUUGGUCAUGUUCUUACACCAACUCUGCCACAGCAGUAGGUGAACACUGCUUAGAAAUGCACUAAGGAAAGCAGCAAGCACUUGUGGCACGUGGCUUCUCUCUCCCUCCAAGCAGACACGGCAGAGUCUCGUGCCUCCUCCUGACAUUUAGGCAGCUUUAGCUCAGGUCAUUGACAACUUUUCAAGGUGAACUGACCCGUUGCAUGUAAUGCUGUAAUUUGUGGGUAGCCAGAUUGAAGAACAAAGGAGAAGUUAGAUAUUUGUUUCAGGCCACGUCACCGAGGAGAUGCACCUGCCUAUUACAAAUGAAUUGCCUAAUUUCAUGUGUAUUUCAAAUAUAUUAAUGUUUCCAACUAUGCAUUGAUACCUGCCACGUGUAGCAAAAUCAUGGCAAAAAUAAACCAAGAUACUAAAACCACAAUGAAUUUGUGCUUUACUGCAUGCAUUACAAUAAAAAGUAAAUUUGAAAUUAAAAAACCGUGUGAAAUACACAAAAAAUUGUAAUAAACUCAAGCUAAUCAUUUCAUGCACAAUGCAUGAUACAUAUCACUAAAUUA